GUGGGCAGGGCUGCCGGCCAGGCCCUCGGCUGGAGGAGGGAGGGAGCCCUGGGAUUGGAGCUGGCUGUCUCUUCAUGCCAGUGUCAACGGGAGGCUUUUUGGAUACACCGAUUAUUCACAUCAGCCUCCCCCUUUUGUCUGCCAGUCCAGCCUGCCUCCUUGAGAUUGUGAGUAGUUCUGUCUAGCCUGGGAAGCAAGCUGGACGGCUGAGCCAGGCCACACCCGGAGCGCCCAACAGGCCCAUGCUGUGGCCAGAGCCCUCCGCCAGGCUGGGGGGCCACUGGCCCGGCCUCCUGCCCGUGCUCCUGGCCCUCCUUGGCACGGCCUGGACAGAGGCGCGGCUACUCCCGCUGCAGGAGGAUCAGGCUCCAACUCCUGGAGCCCUGAGCAGUAAGGAGGCGUUCCUGCUCCUCUCCGUACAUAACCGUCUGCGCAGCCGGGUGCACCCCCCCGCAGCCAACAUGCAGAGAAUGGACUGGAGUGACAGCCUGGCCCGAUGGGCUCAGGCCAGGGCGGCCGUCUGUGGCGCCCCAGCCCGGAAGCCCGCGUCAGCACCUCGGGCCCUGCAGCAGGUGGGCUGGAACGUGCAGCUGCUGCCCGCGGGCUCGGCGUCUUUCGUCGGCGUGGUGGGCCUGUGGUUCGCAGAGGGGGGUUGGUACAGCCACGUGGCAGCCGAGUGUGCCCGCAACACCACCUGCGCCCACUACACUCAGCUCGUGUGGGCCACGUCGAGCCAGCUGGGCUGUGGGCGGCAUCGGUGCUCUGGGGCCCAGGCAGAGAUGGAAGCCUUCGUCUGCGCCUACUCUCCCGGAGGCAACUGGGAGGUAAACGGGAAGACAAUCGUCCCCUAUAAGAAGGGCUCCUGGUGUUCGCUCUGCACGGCCAGUGUCUCCGGCUGCUUCAAAGCCUGGGACCAUGCAGGGGGGCUCUGUGAGGUCCCCAGAAACCCAUGUCGCAUGAGCUGCCGGAACCGUGGCCAUCUCAACAUCAGCACCUGCCACUGCCAUUGUCCCCCCGGCUACACAGGCAGAUACUGCCAAGUGCGGUGCAGCGUGCGGUGCGUGCAUGGCCGGUUCCGGGAGGAGGAGUGUUCCUGCGUCUGUGAUGUCGGCUAUGGGGGAGCCCAGUGUGCCACCAAGGUGCACUUUCCCUUCCACACUUGUGACCUGAGGAUCGACGGAGACUGCUUCCUGGUGUCUUCGGAGGCAGACACCUACUAUGGAGCCAAGAUGAAAUGCCAGGGAAAGGGCGGGGUGCUAGCGCAGAUCGAGAGCCAGAAAGUGCAGGACAUCCUCGCCUUCUACCUGGGCCGCCUGGAGACCACCAACGAGGUGCCUGACAGCGACUUUGAGACCAGGAACUUCUGGAUCGGGCUCACCUACAAGACCACCAAGGACUCCUUCCGCUGGACCACGGGGGAGCACCAAUCCUUCACCAGUUUUGCUUUUGGGCAGCCUGACAACCAGGGGUUUGGCAACUGUGUGGAGUUACAGGCGUCCGCUGCCUUCAACUGGAACGACCAGCGCUGCAAAACCCGAAACCGUUACAUCUGCCAGUUUGCUGAGGAGCACAUUUCCCGGUGGGACCCGGGACCCUGAGACUUGGCUGUGACCCCCUGCCAGCACCCGGAUGCGCAGCCGCGCUCGCCCAGCUGCCCACCUGUCUGGAACAAGGGCCAGGCCAGGACUGCAAGCCAACAUCCACAGACGUCUCAGAGAGACCUGGCAGGAAGGGAGGCAGGGGGUACAAGUCAGGCCCAGAGGGAGUCUGCCAUAGGGGGAGGGGAGCCGGGGCCCCUCAGCCUGCUGUUGAUUGGGAAGGUGGGUGUCAGGCGCCCAAACAGGAGGCAGGGCCAGCAGCCAGAAGAGACCACUCUCCUCCAUGGUCGCCGGACCCUCUGGGGCAGAUGGAGGUUCCUCACUGCCCAGGGUGCACCCCACAAAGGAUUAAACUAAGUUAUGAAU